CUGACUGCGCCUGAUCAACACCACCCGUUUGUCACCCGUGCACAUGAUGGCGCCCACGCCCAACGGUUGGGCCAGCAGGGCAUCGCCGCCGCCAAAGUCCGCCUUACCGCGUCUACGGAGGUCUGCCACCGCCGAGGACCAGUUGGUCCCCAGAGCCUCGGCGUGACUGACGGCAGCGCGAGAGCUCCGUGGCAGGCGAAGCCAAGCGGAAAGAGUGCAGUCUGAAUUUGGCGCCGUUGAAAAGCCACGGCUCCUUGGACACCCGUGCCGCCCAGACCUCUGCGAUGUGACGUUCGAGAUCUGCGUCCGUCUGACGAUUAUACCUUGUCACCCUUGUUAUGGUGCUCAGACAAGUCAGGGUGCGGUGGUAGUAUUUGUUGACAUCAGCCAUUGUACCCUUUUCAUGCAACUAAAAGAAACAAGGAAGAGCUGCCGGGCAUCUUAUCACCAUGCAGUUGGAGGCGCAGCUUCGUCUCUGCCAGAGUUGCCUGUGGUGCUGCAAGAGUGGACUGCGUCUGUUUUCCCACAACGUUGCACAAAGAAAAGCUGCAAACCACUACGACCUCCUGGGAGUCAAAUGUGAUGCCACCUUGGAUGAAAUCAAAAAUGCAUUUUUUCACAAAUCCAAAAAGCUACACCCAGAUAGUGACCCGUCAAACCCAGCCCUGCACAGCCAGUUUGUGCAGCUGAACGAGGCCUACCGUGUGCUGAGCAAGGAGACCAGCAGGAAGGAGUACGACUUCAAAAUCAGACACCCCUACAGAGGAGGAGGAGGAGGAGGAGGCCGGGCCUUCCGAUCAGCAUCCAGUCAGGGAACCAGCAGCACGGCGGCGGAGGACAACAUGCGCUACUGGGAGCAAGUGUACCAGUCUCACAGCCAGGAGAUGUCGGCAGAGGAGAGGGAGCGGCAGCGGAGGAGGAACUUCCGCCUGAUGGGCUACUGCCUGCUCACCAUGGUGCUCAGCGUCGGCGUGCACUUCGUCUUCUUCAGAAAGCUGGAAGAGGUCCACACGAGCUACAUGGACGAAAAGGAUCGUGUCAUCGCCGAAAUAUACAACGAGUCCAAAGAGAGGGCCAGGGUCAACGGUUUUAAGAAGCAGACAGAAAUCCUCCGACAGAAACAUGCCGAGUUUUUGGAGAAAUACAAAAUCCCCAGCACUCGAGAGAAGUAGGAGAUUAUGAAAGGUGUUUGGAAGCAGAGACACACACACACACACAAAAACAUAC